AUGCCCAUGCGCAAGGGCCUCGCCUCCGCGACCCUCCUCAUCCCAUGGAUGAUAUGGAAGCACCGCAACGACUGCGUCUUCAACAGAGGCCAGCCCUCGACGUCCGACCUGCUCACGAAGAUCAAAGACGAGGCUGACAGGGGGGAACCCCCCCUGCCACUGGUUCCUCGCGUCAGGCUCGGCGCCCAGGGCCUGGAGGUGUCUAAGCUUGGGUUCGGUUGCAUGGGCCUGACGGGCUCCUACAGCGCCCCGCUCAGCGACGCCGCCGGCGCCGCCGUAGUGGCCCACGCCUUCCGCCGCGGCGUCACCUUCUUCGACACCUCCGACUUCUACGGCCCCCACACCAACGAGACGCUCCUCGGCAAGGCGCUGAAGCAGCUGCCGAGGGAGCAGGUGCAGGUGGCCACCAAGUUCGGGAUCCAGCAGUACGCGUACGACGAGGGCAGGGGCGCCGUGUGCGGCCGGCCGGAGUACGUGCGCGCCUGCUGCGAGGCCAGCCUGCGCCGCCUCGGCGUCGACUACAUCGACCUCUACUACCAGCACCGGGUCGACACCGCCACCCCCAUCGAGGACACGAUCGGGGAGCUCAAGAAGCUGGUGGAGGAGGGGAAGGUCAGGUACAUUGGGCUGUCGGAGGCGAGCCCCGACACCAUCAGGCGUGCUCACGCCGUGCACCCGGUCUCCGCGGUGCAGAUGGAGUGGUCUCUCUGGGCUCGUGACAUCGAGCCCGAGAUUGUGCCGCUCUGCAGGGAACUGGGGAUUGGAAUUGUUCCUUACAGCCCGAUCGGCCGCGGGUUCUUCGGCGGAAGAGGAGUCACGGAGCAAGUGUCUGAUGAAUCCAAUCUGAAAAGGCACCCACGGUUUUCAGCAGAAAACCUGGAGAAGAACAAGCAUCUCUAUCUGAAAAUGGAAGAACUAGCCAGGAAGCACCAGUGCAGCCCUGCUCAGCUAGCUUUAGCUUGGGUGCUGCAUCAAGGAGAUGAUGUGGUUCCCAUACCAGGGACAACAAAGAUCAAGAACCUGGACUCCAACAUUGACUCCUUAAAGAUAAAGCUCACCGAAGAUGACCUGAAAGAAAUUAGCAGCCAGAUACGUGAAGAAGAUGUGGCCGGUGGAAGGAGUUAUACUUCCUUGGCGCAUACCAACUGGAACCAUGCAGACACACCAAAGAAGUAAAACUACAAAAAACGGUGAUAUGUGAGAAUAAAACAGCCAUGCCAUCUACUCCCUAUCUGUUAUCAUGCUAAAUGGUGCUGCCUGUACCAUGUGAAUCUUCCGUGUUAAAUAAUGUACUGCAAAUAAGAACAUGAGAGAAUUCCUUAUUUGGCCCAUUCUUAAAAUCCGCUUCCCUUUUUGGCCCUAACAAAAAGUUUCUUCCCUUUUUGACAUCUAAACUUCAUUUUGUUCCCUCAAUGGCAUUUUCGAUAGUUUUGGCCACUAACACCGUCAAGUGCAACCUAAAAAGUCCUUUUUACCCCUGCUUUAGCUCGCUCGUAAAAAGGAAGAAAACGCUCCCCUGUUCCCCACAUACUA